AUGCCUGGGAAUGUGUUUAUGAUUGAACUUUCUGUAAGUCAAACCUGUGCACAUAGUGGAUUUUUGAGACAGACAGCGCUACAUAACAGCAGCUGCCACCGAGUGCAGUGUCCGUGAGGAAUAGGGUCUGUGCAGAAACACGUGCGCUUAAAAAGGGUCUGUGCGGUGAGAAAAUUGAGAUUUGAUUAAUGACGUCAAUAAAAUAAUUAACGCCAUUAACUGUGUGUGUAUUUCAAGGUUAUUAUAGUAAACGAAAACUGAAACUAAAAUAAAAAAAUAUUAGAAAAUUCUAUUUAGUAAACUGAAAUAAAACUAUACUAAAACUAUCUUUGACUGCAAAACUAUGUAAAAAUAAAUAAAAAACAUAAAUUAUGUUUAGUUGUAGUUUUUUUCUCCUAGUCUUUGGGUAAAAAUCAAAUGGUUUUCAAGCUUGUUUUUCUAAUAGGUUUUUCGAGCUUCUGAAUCUGGCAGGUAAAUGCUGCCAGUAGAUGCCGAUGUUUCAAAUAGGCAUAGCUUGUGCAUCACUAUCACUAGCUAACAGGGAAGAAAUCCGAGGGCGAGCCCGGUGCGUGACUGGGCCAAGCUAGAGCAGCUUGUUAAGUUACUGGAGUCGUUCGCAAUUCACACCGACCAACUUCAAACUGACAGACAGUUGCUGUCUGAUGUGGUGCUGUGCCUUCUCAACCUUGAGGCACAGUUGUAGUCAACUACUGUUGUAAAACAGUUGGCACAGGGUCUCCUGAAGUCACUGCAUCAGCGCUUCGCAUACAUACUGAAUCCUCUGGGAGCCAACUUCGAUCCAACCCCUGCAGCAUGUUGCCUGAUGGACCUAAGUGUGUGUCUGGCACUUCACUUAACGGAGAUGGAGCCACUGAUGAGGGAAGCAGAGCCUUUUGUACUUCAGCAAAUUAGAGAGUACAGCCAUGGAGCAGCAGGACCCCAGGAAGACGCUGUCACGAUCGUCAGGGAGAGACCAAGGCGCAGCGUUGAAGGCAAACAUAUUCUUUAUUUAAUAAAUGAUCACACGAUCAAAACAACAAAACGAAACCGUGACGUCCCUGGUUACAUACACCAACCAACACGGAACAAAAACCCACAAACACAAAGUGAAAAACAGACAGUUAAAUAUGGCUCCCAAUCAGAGACAACCAGCCAACAGCUGACACUCGUUGCCUCUGAUUGGGAGUCACUAAGGCAAACAUAGAAAACAACAAACCAGAACCCCCAACAUAGAAAUAAACCACAUAGAAUGAACACACCCUGGCUCAACAUAUAGAGUCCCAGAGCCAGGGUGUGACAGUACCCCCCCCUAAAGGCGCGGACUGCGACCGCGCCUCAACCAGAGAAAAAUAGGGGAGGGCUGGGUGGGCACUCCUCCUCGGCGGCGGUUCUGGCUCCGGGCUUGCCCACCACCCUCCAAUAAACCCCCCAUAGCGCCCCUGGUCCGGUCUGGCCCCGCUGGCUGGAGCUGACCUGGACGUAGCAGGAGCGGCUAGCUUCAGCUCCGUUGGGGAGCAAUAAAGCGGUACCUGAUUUGGCACCGAUGACCCAGGCACGGGUUGUGCCGGACUGACGACGCGCACCCCAGGCUUGGUGCGUGAGGCAGGAAAGGACCGGACCUGGCUGUCGAUGCGCACCCCUGGCUUGGUGCGUGGAGCAGCAACGGGCCGGACCGGGCUGACGAUACGCACCCCUGGCUUGGUGCGUGGAGCCGGAACGGGCCUCACCGGACUGAUGACUCGCACCCCUGGCUUGGUGCGUGGAGCAGCAACGGGCCGGACCGGGCUGACGAUGCGCACCCCUGGCUUGGUGCGUGGAGCAGCGACGGGCCGGACCGGGCAGACGAUACGCACCCCUGGCUUGGUGCGUGGAGCCGGAACGGGCCUCACCGGACUGACGACUCGCACCCCUGGCUUGGUGCGUGGAGCAGCAACGGGCCGGACCGGGCUGACGAUGCGCACCCCUGGCUUGGUGCGUGGAGCCGGAACGGGCCUCACCGGACUGACGAAGCACACCACUGGCUUGGUGCGUGGAGGAGGAACGGGCCUUACCAGGCUGACGACGCACACCAUAGGCUUGGUGCGUGGAGCAGGGACAGGCCGGACUGGGCUGACGAAGCGCACCACUGACUUGGUGCGGGGAGCAGGAACGGGCCGAGCCGGGCUGACGAAGCGCACCACUGACUUGGUGCGGGGAGCAGGAACGGGCCGAGCCGGGCUGACGAAGCGCACCACUGACUCGGUGCGGGGAGCAGGAACAGACCGGACCGUACUGGGGACACACACCACUGGCCCUACACCGGGAUCUGGAACGGGCUGGACCGGACUGGUAACACACCCCAGUACCUCUCGCCGUGCCUCUCCACCUUCCAUCCCCUCUUCGACCAGUGGCCCCCGUAACCUGGCGGCCUCCUCUGCCAACCCGCUGGACCGCUCUAUCGCGGCCUCCUGCUGCCCCGACGUCGUGAGCCCCCCCCUAAAAAAUUUCUGGGGGUCUCUCCUCCCCGUGGGCCAGGCCUCUAUAGUUUUCGCCCAACUCUCGCUCUUCUGCCUCCAACUCCAGCCAUUCUGCUCUUCAUUAGGCUUGACCCAGUCGAGACUCUUCCUCCACUGUUCCCAAGUCCAGUCUGCCUGCUCCUGGACACGCUGCUUGGUCCUUGUAUGGUGGGUUUUUCUGUCACGAUCGUCAGGGAGAGACCAAGGCGCAGCGUUGAAGGCAAACAUAUUCUUUAUUUAAUAAAUGAUCACACGAUCAAAACAACAAAACGAAACCGUGACGUCCCUGGUUACAUACACCAACCAACACGGAACAAAAAACCCACAAACACAAAGUGAAAAACAGACAGUUAAAUAUGGCUCCCAAUCAGAGACAACCAGCCAACAGCUGACACUCGUUGCCUCUGAUUGGGAGUCACUAAGGCAAACAUAGAAAACAACAAACCAGAACCCCCAACAUAGAAAUAAACCACAUAGAAUGAACACACCCUGGCUCAACAUAUAGAGUCCCAGAGCCAGGGUGUGACAGACGCCAGCACGAUGAAUCAUCUCGACCACAGUGCUUCAGAAAUAUAGCUUCCUCGCAUCGAAGAUUGUGUCUGAGGUCACUGUCCAGCCGGAGGGUCAACCUGGCAGGGCAUUAAGUGCCCCGUGUGAGCUGCGGAAAUACCUGGAAAAGGUAGAGGGGGGCAUGUUUACAGAGUCACCUCUCCAGUUCUGGCAAGCAAGGAUGGCUGUUUAUCCAAAACUGUGCCCUGUGGCACUGGACCUUGCAUCCCAAGAGUUUGUGGAGAGCUGCCUGGCUGUGAACUGAUAUAUUUGUGAAGUGUUGUACUGCUUAUGUUUUUGCUGUUGUUGCAGCUGUUUUUAUUAGCCUUAUUUGAAGGGGUUAGUCAGUGAUGCAUGUUUAAUAUUACAUUGCCAUGACAUCAUUUGUUGUUUGUUCCUCUGUCAGAUAAAGGUACUUGUUUCUUCUUACAUCUACUACUAAAGUAAAAAAAAAAAAAAAAAAAGGCGCUUAUCCUUAAAUCCAAGUCACAUUGGGAUUGAUGUAUAAUUUAAACCUAACCAAAACUAUGUCCUGGCCAUGGAGUUGUAUGGAGUCCUCUAGUGGCCAAAAGCCUGUGUUAGCAUGGGCAACGCCAUUUAGAUGUAGUCAACUGGGUGGGACUUCCAACUUCAUUGGCUGAUCCCUCCUGAUGACCCGGUUGGAGUCGUACUAUUUCAAGAUGGAGAUGGCCUCAAUGGCACUGCACAUACUCUCACAGACGCCGUCAUGACACAGAUACAGAGAUGUUAUGUCUAUCCAAGUCUAUGGUCCUCGCCCAUCACCUUAUGUAUUACUUCCCCCCAGUGUCAAGAAGUGACAUCACAAGAAAACUAACCUUAGGCCUACAACACAUAAAUGGCUCAAAGAUCAGGUGGGACCAUUAUAGCCAAUGAGAGGGCAGAUACGCGUGUGACACAGCCACAAAGUCAAAAUUGUCUAUUUCGUAAAAAAAUCAUGAAAACAAAAAUUAGCUUUUUAGUCAUAAUUACAUUUUAGCAGACGCUCUUAUCCUAAGCGGCUUACAGUUAGUGAGUGCAUACAUUAUUUUUUAUAUCCCCGUGGGAAUCAAACCCACAACCCUGGCGUUGCAAACGCCAUGCUCUACCAACUGAGCUACAUCCCUGCCGGCCUUUCCCUCCCCUACCCUGGACAACGUUGGUUUAAUUGUGCGCCGCCCCAUUUGUCUCCCGGUCGCGUCCGGCUAUGACAGAGCCUGGAUUCGAACCAGGAUCUCUAGUGGCACAGCUAGCGCUGCGAUGCAGUGCCUUAGACCGCUGCGCCACUCGGGAGGUUAGGGUUACAGUUAGCAGUGUGGUAAAUCACAUUUGAAUUAUUGAAAUUGUAGAAACAGGUGGUGCUUAUGACUGUGGCAACUAGUGACGACCAGGCACAACUCCGAUAUUAAGUGUUUUUUCUCAAAGUUGCCGGGAUGUCACAUGUCCUACUUAUAUCAGUACACUCGUAAAAACCUAAUCAUUACGAAACUUUUAUUCUAUCAAAUAAGCCACACGUAGCAAAUAAGCCAUUACAUUUUUUGUUAACCAAAUUCGACACACUCUCUUUCUUUUUUUUACCUCCAGCAUCAUACCACCCUGCAUCCCACUGCUGGCUUGUCUCUGAAGCUAAGCAGGGUUGGUCCUGCUCGGUCCCUGGAUGGAAGACCAGUUGCUACUGGAAGUGGUGUUGGAGGCCCUCUUUCCUCUGGUCUAAAAAAAUAUCCCAAUGCCCCAGGGCAGUCUUUCGGAUGGGACGUUAAACGGGUGUCCUUACUCUCUGUGGUCACUAAAGAUCCCAUGGCACUUAUCGUAAGAGUAGGGGUUUUAACCCCGGUGUCCUGGCUAAACUCCUAAUCUAGCCCUCAUACCAUCAUGGCCACCUCAUCAUCCCCAGCUUCCAAUUGGCUCAUUCAUCUCCUCUCCCAUUGAACUAUUCCCCAGGUCGUUGUUGUAAAUGAGAAGGUGUUCUGUCAAUUCAUCUGGUAAAAUAAGGGUAAGAAAAUAAAAAGCUUGGUGAGCGGAAGAAAAUGAAAAAAUGCCACCUGCUGGAGAAGAAAGAUUUUGGGCCUACUUAUCCCUCUCCCUUCGCCUUUUCCUCUCUGGGAGAAUACAAGGAUGAAUAAGGAGUGUUCGCACAUUUUUAGACCAAAUAAUAAAACUCAAGAUUUUGAGGAUAUCUGUUCCAGUCAUAUUUUAAACCUUUUUAUUGUGACAAGCAACAGCCAGAUUCGUCACAGUGUGUGUUUGUGUGUCAUCUACCAGUCUAACAGUGUUUUCUCCUCCUCUCCUGUAGGAGGCAACAGCGUUAGAAGUGGUGUCCUGCAGUCAGGAGAAGGAGAGUCUGCCCCCAGAGAAGAGUCCCUCCAGUCCUGUUCACUCUGAGAGAGAGGCCUUGCUAGUUGGUAUGUUCACCUAACAACAUUACUAUAUUGUUAUAUUAACUUAGCUAUAGAGGAGAAGAUUCCCCCAAUUCCUGUCCACUCAGAGAGGCCCUGCUACUUGACACGUUCACCUAACAUAACUAUAACGUCACUAGGCCUACAUUAUAACAUUACUAUAGCAUUAUUAUAACGUUAGGUUAACCUAACAUAAGUAUAGAAGAGAAGAUUCUCCCAAGUCCGGUCAACUCUGAGGAAGAAGCCCUGCUUGUUGGUACGUUCAGACAACAUUACUGCAACCUUAUAACAACAUUUGUACAUACAGAGGAGAACAUUCCCCUAGCGCUAUCCACUCAGGGAAAGAGGCCCUGCAUGUUCAUACACUUUUUGUUAAUUUAACUGGUUAUUUUUAGAGAAACUAUCCUCAAUCAUCAAAGCUGGUUAUUUGUGGAAAGCCUGGUUUUCCUCCCCUGGUUAUUCCCAGUUCUCUGGGCUAGUUGACUGAGGCCUUCAGCACCUCUACUUUCUGAUCAGCAUAGCCUUAUGGCACAUUCUCCAUUUCAGUGGAGGGUACUUUCCAAGGGGAACGGUUGGUCCUGGAUCAAAUUGGUUUUAUGAAAGUGAGGUCUUGCUGAGAUACAAGGGAAAGGAAUUGUGGAGUUACGAUUAGGCCUAUGCCAGAUGGCAGGAUGCAUACUAUUUUGUGGUAGUGGGAGUUUUCUGUCCUGUCCCACAGUGCCUGUACAGUGGGGUUACUCUAGAAUUAUCAUAUAUUUGGCACAGUUGGUUAGGUAGUCAAUGAGGCACUCCCUCCCUCUAUGCCGUCCCACUCUGGCUGCUCAGUGAGGUAGAUGGCUGCUGAGGAUUCUGGGUGUUCUCUCUGUCAGAAUCGCUCUAAAUGAUGUCUUGUUUGAAGAUUAAGUGAGCACCGCAGGGAAAAAAGGACAUUGGCUCAAAAGUGAACUCACCUUCAACUGCAUUGUCUCUCCUUCUAGAGGGCAAGAUGAAUACCAAUGAGAUUAACACUUAAAGGAAAGAUUCACACAUUUAUUUUGAAUGUUAUACAGUUGAAGUCGGAAGUUUACAUGCACCUUAGCCAAAUACAUUUAAACUCAGUUUUUCACAAUUCCUGACAUUUAAUCCUAGUAAAAAUGCCCUAUCUUAGAUCAGUUAGGAUCACCACUUUAUUUUAAGAAUGUGAAAUGUCAGAAUAAUAGCAGAGAGAAUGAUUUAUUUCAGCUUUUGUUUCUUUCAUCACAUUCCCAGUGGGUCAGAAGUUUACAUACCUUCAAUUAGUAUUUGGUAGCAUUGCCUUUAAAUUGUUUAACUUGGGUCAAACGUUUCGGGUAGCCUUCCACAAGCUUCCCACAAUAAAUUGGGUGAAUUUUGGCCCAUUCCUCCUGACAGAGCUGGUGUAACUGAGUCAGGUUUGUAGGCCUCCUUGCUCGUACACACUUUUUCAGUUCUGCCCACAAAUGUUCUAUAGGAUUGAGGUCAGGGCUUUGUGAUGACCACUCCAAUACCUUGACUUUGUUGUCCUUAAGCCAUUUUGCCACAACUUUGGAAGUAUGCUUGGGGUCAUUGUCCAUUUGGAAGACCCAUUUGCGACCAAGCUUUAACUUCCUGACUGAUGUCUUGAGAUGUUGCUUCAAUAUAUCCACAUAAUUUUCCUUCCUCAUGAUUCCAUCUAUUUUGUGAAGUGCACCAGUCCCUCCUGCAGCAAAGCACUCCCCACAGCAUGAUGCUGCCACCCCCGUGCUUCACGGUUGGGAUGGUGUUCUUCGGCUUGCAAGCCACCCCCUUUUUCCUCCAAACAUAACGAUGGUCAUUAUGGCCAAACAGUUCUAUUUUUGUUUCAUCAGACCAGAGGACAUUUUUCCAAAAAGUACGAUCUUUGUCCCCAUGUGCAGUUGCAAACUGUAGUCUGGCUUUUUUAUGGUGGUUUUGGAGCAGUGGCUUCUUCCUUGCUGAGCGGCCUGUCAGGUUAUGUCGAUAUAGGACUCGUUUUACUGUAGAUAUAGAUACUUUUGUACCUGUUUCCUCCAGCAUCUUCACAAGGUCCUUUGCUGCUGUUCUGGGAUUGAUUUGCACUUUUCGCACCAAAGUACGUUCAUCUCUAGGAGACAGAACGCGUCUCCUUCCUGAACAGUAUGACGGCUGCGUGGUCCCAUGGUGUUUAUACUUGCAUACUAUUGUUUGUACAGAUGAACGUGGUACCUUCAGGCGUUUGGAAAUUGCUCCCAAGGAUAAACCAGACUUGUGGAGGUCUACAAUUUUCUUUCUGAGGUCUUGGCUGAUUUGUUUUGAUUUUCCCAUGAUGAUUUCCCCAUGAGGCACUGAGUUUGAAGGUAGGCCUUGAAAUACAUCCACAGGUACACCUCCAAUUGACUCAAAUGAUGUCAAUUAGCCUAUCAGAAGCUUCUAAAGCCAUGACAUUAUUUUCUGGAAUUUUCCAAGCUGUUUAAAGGCACAGUCAACUUAGUGUAUGUAAACUUCUGACCCACUGGAAUUGUGAUACAGUGAAUUAUAAGUGAAAUAAUCUGUCUGUAAACAAUUGUUGGAAAAAUUACUUGUGUCAUGCACAAAGUAGAUGUCCUAACCGACUUGCCAAAACUAUAGUUUGUUAACAAGAAAUUUGUGGAGUGGUUGAAAAAUAAGUUUUAAUGACUCCAACCUAAGUGUAUAUAAACUUCAGACUUCAACUGUAUAUCGUAACGGUGCACCUCUGGGCAAUGUUCUAUCGAUUUCCGGGGUCAUUUCAUGUUUUUAUGUGUAUCUGAGCUAUUGGGCGUUCAAGCAGGCAGAAAUACAGCAAGAAUGACGUGUUUUGCAAAACAUUGUCUUUAAAAAGAAGAGAAAAUGGACUAAUCUCUGAUCUAGAAACUGAUUCAAAACAAAGACACAGGGAAGGAAAGAACAGAUGCUCUGCCUUUUUCAAGACUUGAUGUUUGAUAAUAACAAAGCACUUUCUAUUGAACUUUCUCGAAGAGUGGCUCAAUAUCUAGGCUAGGCUAUAAUUGCACAUUCAGUUAGAAAAUUAAACAGUUGACUCCAUCAACUAUGAAGUUAGCAUUGUCGAUUAGCAUCAAUAUGAACUAUAGAUAACUAGGCUUUGGAACAGAGCAAAUACAACUAAACAUAAAGUGCUGAUUGAUUUGCUAGAAUUGAUUUGGACAUUUGGAGGUUUUUGUACCCAAUCAAAAUAUAUAGACUGAUUUUAAGUUAUGCUUUUCUGUAUAUCAUUGGCCCAAGCCCAGCCAUUAAAACACACUGUUUUAAUGGCUUCUGAUCAAAGAGUUGAGUUUUCCUCCAGUGUCUCACGUGGUGUGUUUGUUUUCUGAGCUGGCUCCUCAGUGGGCUAUAAGAUGUUAUUACACAGGGGUUUAGGACUAUCAGUAGUGCAUGAUCAUAUCAAUUAGCUGAUAGCAGAUGUUAUUGUUCGGAUGAACGAAACCCUGUCGUGUGUGUGUGCGUGUGUGCGUGUGCGUGUGUGUGUGUGCGUGCGUGCGUGCGUGCGUGCGUGCGUGCGUGUGUGUGUGUGUGUGUGUGUGCGUGUGUGUGUGUGUGUGUGUGCGUGCGUGCGUGCGUGCGUGUGUGCGUGUGCGUGCGUGUGUGUGCGUGCGUGCGUGCGUGCGUGCGUGCGUGCGUGCGUGCGUGCGUGCGUGUGUGUGUGUGUGUGUGUGUGUGUGUGUGUGUGUGUGUGUGUGUGUGUGUGUGUGCGUGUGUGUGUGCGUGAAGCCCCAUGCUGCUCUGAUCAGAGAAGCUUUAAUGCGGAGAGCAGCAUCAAUGUCUUCAUUAAACACUUCUCUUAAUCUAGACGGUUCAAACAAGAGUCUUCCACAGAGCUGGGAGUGUUUUGGAGAAGUCAGGCACACUUAAAGUGUCCAGAUACAUUUUCACUUCAGUCAGACAAGAUGAGUUUAGUAGAGUGGUCUCUUGAAUGUGAUGUUCUCGCCUGCUUUCAUGUUGGACAGAUGGGUGAAUGAAUCAACACUCAAACUUAAUGUUGUUAGUUAGCUAUAGAUUAGCUAUACGUUAAUGGUCUACAGUUUGAUACAAUGGAUGGCAUGUUCUCAUUGGCUUUCAUGUUGGACAGAUGGGUAUAUCAACACUCAGGCUGAAUGGAAUGAUACUGUAGUAUAACAUUAGUGUUUGCGUUAUAGUUCUAAAGUAAUAGCCUAUACUACUGCAUGAUAAGAUGGGUGAAUCAACCAUUAUGUAUAAUGGUUAUAGAGUUAUAGGUAUAGAGUAAUGCUAACGCCAGUUUGAUUGACAGCUGUAUUGAGGUAUCUCUUUCUCCUUCCUCAGGGAUCAUCUCUACGUUCCUCCAUGUGCACCCGUUUGGAGCCAGCAUCGAGUACAUCUGCUCCUACCUUCAGCGGCUGAACACCAAGGUACUGCUGGCACACACUGACACUGACACACACACACUGACACUGACACACACACACUGACACUGACACACACACACUGACACUGACACACACACACUGACACUGACACACACACACUGACACUAGCCAGGUUUCCAUCCAACCAUUUCAUGCGGGUGAAUUACCUGACUCAUGAAAAAAGUCACGCCUGGGCUGAAACAGGAAAUGCCGGUACAAUUGUAUAAAUGUCGACGGACAAUUUGUUAGUUCGACGUGGUGGGAUCUUUUUGUGUUGGUAAAAUGUAUUAUGCGAGGAAUGGCGGUGGAAGCACCUUUAUGUGCAGAUAUUGAUAUAAUAACCAUCGUAUGGAAGUAAACUUGGAGUGAUGCAAUGACAUGUUGUAUGGUCCUCCUACUAUGACUCGAGAAAGCAUGCAGUUUAUUAGGCUACAGAUGAAAUAAGUUAUGAUGAACUUCACAGGGUGGUGAAAGUGCACGGUGAUGAGCUUAAUGCUCCUUUCCAAUAAAUAUCAAGGGUCUUAUUCUGGUGACAUGAUGAUCGAUGCUUGGCUGCCGUUUGACAAGUACAAAUGAUCUCGCUCUUAUCCAUAAUAAUCUUAUCGUGUAGGUAGCAUACCCGCUCUGCAUCUGCGAGCUGUUGGCUAGAGCACACGUGCCAAGACCAGAGUGGGCACAUGUCCUAUAUUACGUAACAGUUUUUGUGACAAAAACGGGGUACUGGUACAGAGUCAAUGUGCGGGGGCACCGGUUAGUCGAGGUAAUUGCGGUAAUAUGUACAUGUAGGUAUAGUUAAAGUGACUAUGCAUUGAUAGUAAACAGAGAGUAGCAGCAGCGUAAAAUAGGGGGUGGGGGGGUGGGGUGGGGGGGGGGUCACAAUGCAAAUAGUCCGGGUAGCCAUUUGAUUACCUGUUCAGGAGUCUUAUGGCUUGAGGGUAGAAGCUGUUAAGAAGCCUUUUGGACCUAGACUUGGCGCUCCGGUACCGCUUGCCAUGCGGUAGCAGAAAGAACAGUCUAUGACUCCUGAGGGGGAAUAAGCUUUGUCGUGCCCUCUUCACGACUGUCUUGGUGUGUUUGGACCAUGAUAGUUUGUUGGUGAUGUGGACACAUCCGAUGAGCAUCGGAGCCGGUGUAGUGCGAUUCAAUCUUAGUCCUGUAUUGACGCUUUGCCUGUUUGAUGGUUCGUCGGAGGGCAUUGCGGGAUUUCUUAUAAGCGUCCGGGUUAGAGUUCUGCUCCUUGAAAGUGGCAGCUCUACCCUUUAGCUCAGUGUGGAUGUUGCCUGUAAUCCAUGGCUUCUGGUUGGGGUAUGUACGUACGGUCACUGUGGGAACAACGUCAUCGAUGCACUUAUUGAUGUAGCCAGCCCAACAAAAGUUUUCUUUAUGUGCACGACGUCAUCAUAAUGCACAGCCUUUUAUCCGCAAAAAGUCCGUUUGAUGGAAACACAUCUCUGGUGGGAAAAUGCGCAUAUUUUUAAUGCUGAUUUUUGAAUAUUCGCAGGAAAAUCUUGCUACUGACACACACGCAUGAUGAGCAGCAGGAGCCAUCCUGGCGCACUAUUCCAACACACACACACACACACAGAAACACAACACAGCCAGUUUAGCAAUACAGCCAUCCUGGCACCACACACACACACCGAGCACAAACUUGGAAUAAACACCCUUACUGGACUGGCAUACAGUAUGGACCUGAUGUAUGCCAGGGCCACACAGUGCAGUUGGAGCACCCUUGUGCAGUCAGCCUCCCCAAUGCAAUUUGAAUCAUCCCCUUGUGACAGCAGAGCCCCAUCUUGCAGCAAGAGUUUCCUCAUGCAGCCAGAUCCUUCUCAUCUAAUUUGAUCCCCCUGGUGUAGGCAGGCCCCUCUCGUGAUGCUGAUCCUCAGGUUUGGGUUGAAGCAAAGGCAAGUCCCACUGCCUCCACUCUCUGUAGCUAUCUUAGACAUGAAUAUAGGAUAUUUCCUUGUAUCUCCCAGUGCUCUUGAGGAAGUGUCUGAGUGUAAUUUCCCUGGACACUGAGACCUGUUAGAUCUGGAUCAUUCCUGUCUCUCCCUGACAGAGCUGAGCAGUUUCAUUUAUUCUGACACUUCGCUUAAACACCCGUCUCCACAUGUUGGCCUCCUCAGGGGCCUUCCUUGGUUCUCACCUCUGCUCUCAUCUGCCAGACAGAUUCUCUUCCUUUCUCUCAACCACAUAUACACUGAGUGUACAAAACAUUCCAUGACAUAGACUGACCAGGUAAAAGCUAGGAUCCCUUAUUGAUGUAAUUUGUUAAAUCCAGUUCAAUCAGUGUAGAUGAAGGAGAGGAGACCGGUUAAAGAAGGAUUUUUAAACCUUGAGACAAUUGAGACAUGGAUUGUGCAUGUGUGCCAUUCAGAGGGUGAAUGGGCGAGACAAAAGAUUUAAGUGCCUUUGAACAGGGUAUGGUAGUAGGUGCCAGGAGCACCGGUUUGAGUGUGUCAAGAACUGCAACGCUGCUGGGUUUUUCACUCUCAGCAGUUUCCCGUGUGUAUCAAGAAUGGUCCACCACCCAAAGGACAUCCAGACAACUUGACACAACUGUGGGAAGCAUUGGAGUCAACAUGGGCCAGCAUCCCUGUAAGGUGCCAACCCAGGGGGGCAUAGUAGCCAUGUCUUGCCUAAACCAGGCUGGACAAAAGCAUGAUUUGUACACUGUGUAUAUGACCGCUAUGCUCACUGCCACCGCCGCAAGGCCUUCAGAUAUAAUAUAUGUCCACUCUCACUCUACCUCCAUGAUGAGGCCCUCAGACAAAGGACUAAGGGACCACCAGCCCACCUCCACCAGGAGGCCUUCAGACAUGACUACUCUUAGUGCUACCUCCAUGAGGAGGCCCUCAGACAAAGGACUAAGGGACCACCAGCCCACCUCCACCAGGAGGCCUUCAGACAUGACUACUCUUAGUGCUACCUCCAUGAGGAGGCCCUCAUGUAUAUAUUGUAUGACCACUCCCCCCGCCAGCUCAUUAAAACCUCUCUGUGCUCAUCACCACACUGACUCAUUCCUUCUCUCUCCUUUUGGCUUUUCCUCUCUGUCUGUGGAUGUUUUUGUUCCCACGCUACCUCUCUGUAACACCACACAACAAGCCCACAGGGCUUUGUCAACAGUCCUUGCUGGAUUCACCACUAACAACAUUACUCUCUACUUAUCUACUAUGUUCAUGAUGCACUGCUACAUUGUUAAUGAUGAUACACCAUUGACAUCUCCACGUUAGUCCUUAAUACAUACUGACAGGUUUACCCAUCUGGUUCUUACAAAUGUGCUUUUUCUCUGCAUAAAAUUAUACAGUGCUUCCUACUGUCAUUGUUUUGUGUAAUCUCACCUUUUUAAAGUGAUGCUAUAUGCUAAUGUUGUGCUAUUGCAUAUGUAGGUGUGGGUUUGUGAUGUGUAUUGUGUGUGUGUGUGCGUUUAUUGUUUGUCACUUAGAUCAGUUUCUCGGAGAUGUGGGGCUCUUUGAGUCUGUAGGAGUGUGUGUCAAAUCUGUGUGUUAAGUUUGUAUUGUGUUUGUACAUGUGGGAGUGUAUGUAUCAAAUCUGUGUAUUUACAUUGAGUGUGUCUGUGUUUCAGAUAAACACAGGGGAGGUGGAUGCUCUCCUGGGUCGGCUGCCCUGUACCUUCAGACAGGAGCUGACAGGGGUGGGUGCCAGCCUGGAGAAACGCUGGAAGUUCUGUGGCUUCGAGGGCAUCAAGACCACAUAG